AUGAAGAUUGACGCAGUCAGAUUCGGAGUUAGAACUAACAAGACCAUCAGAAAAUCCAACAAGAGUACCAUUACUUAUGAUAUGGAGAAGUCUAUUCUUAAGUAGAGCAAUAAAGGUGCUGUUAUCAGCUCUUACGGAGACAAGCUAAUUAAGUCAGUCAACAACUUUGAGUAAAUCAACAAGAAGGAAAGAAAGAGAAAACUCAAGUAAGAUGCUGAUGAAAUUGAAGAGGAUGAAGAUUAUGAACAGGACGAGGAGUUCUACGUUCAAGUCAUCCCAGACCACAUGAAUGCCAAAAAGAUUCAUGAAGACUCAGAAGAUGAGGAAGAGGAUAUGGAGGAAAGUCAAAUUGAUGAGGAAGAAAUAAAGGCCUCAGAGGAACCAGUAAAAAUUAUCUUAAUCAGACUAGCACAUCUCCAAAGAGAAUAUGCUAAUCAAGAAUUCGAUGAAAUUCCAGAAGAUGUACAAGAAGAGAUCAAGGACUUACAAAGAGAGCUGAACAAAUUCAACCCUAAGCUAAUCAAGGUUGAAGGAAACAGCAACAAGUGCCUAAGAGCCUUCUCAAUUGAAAAGCUAUCUGGGUUCAUGAACGCUCAUGAAUUCCAAAGAAAGUAUCUAUAAACAGGUGAGAAGCAAGGAAAGUACUUACUAAAGCCUACUAAGUCUCACAAAGAGAGUAAGAUGGGCUCAAAGAAGCAAGACAAGCGCAAGGAUCAAAAGAACCAGAUCAAGACUGAUCUGCAAGACUAUUGA